AUUAGAUUAGUUUAAAUGGCGUUCUUUUCGGCUUUUCGCAAACUGUUGACAACUCUGGUUGCCUUGGGCAACGCCAGACCCGAAGCCGGCUACAGCUACAGCCCCCCAUCUAGCUCCUACGGAGCUCCAUCUGGAGGCGGCGGCGGCGGCGGCGGCUUCGGAGCCACCGGAAUCGGCGGCGGCUUCGGAGGCGGCCACGGAGGCGGCGGCGGUGGCGGCUUCGGAGGCGGUUUCGGCGGCGGUGCCGGAGGCGGCUUCGGAGGCGGUUUCGGAGGCGGAAUUGGCGGCGGCGGCGGUGGCGGAUUCGGCGGUGGAUUCGGCGGCGGCUUCGGGGGCGGUACCACCGUCCAGAAGCACAUCUACGUCCACGUGCCACCACCAGAGCCCGAAGAGUUCCGUCCCCAGAGGCCCAUCCAGGUCGGGCAAGCCCAGAAACACUACAAAAUCAUCUUCAUUAAGGCACCAAGUGCACCAGCUCCCACUGCUCCCGUUAUUCCUGUCCAGCCUCAGAACGAGGAGAAGACUUUGGUCUACGUUUUGGUCAAGAAACCGGAAGAAGCGCCCGAAAUCAACAUCCCCACUCCUGCCCCCACACAGCCCAGCAAACCGGAAGUCUACUUCAUCAGAUACAAGACUCAAAAGGCGGCCGGAGGCGGCGGCGGCUUCGGAGGCGGCUUCGGCGGCGGCAUCGGUGGCGGCAUCGGCGGCGGCAUCGGCGGCGGAAUCGGCGGAGGAAUCGGCGGAGGAAUCGGCGGAGGUCUCGGAGACGGCGGCCACGGCGGCGGCAUCGGCGGCGGCAUUGGCGGCGGCCAUGGGGGCGGCAUUGGCGGCGGCGCCGGCGGCGGUGUCUCCUCUAGCUACGGCCCUCCUGGCAAAACUGGCGGUCCAUACUAAGAUACUCAGUUACCUCGGCGCCCCCUUUUGGGGUUCAAUGAUUGUGAUGCGGAAGUGCCGGUGAAGUUUUUCAAAUUCUCCGUUUUAAGACUUAGUUCGCCGUAUUUUUCUGAUUUUUCAUCACUGGGGGAGUUUGAACGGUUCAUUCGAUACUUCCGUAUUUCGUGUAAAUAUCGUGCAAUGUGUUAUUUUAUAUUUUUGUAUUGUAAUUAUUUGAAUACGGUGACAAAUAAAUGUAUUUUUUUAA